GUGGGGGGGGUCUGUUUCCUGCUGGGUGACUGGUUCCGCCUGGACGCUGUGAAGGCAGAGACGGAGCUAUGGCGUGGGUGCGCAGUGUGGUGUCUGCAGCCUGGCUGGCCGAGGCUAUCCGCACGGCCAAGGCAGGGACACUGCGGGUGCUGGACUGCUCCUGGUACCUGCCGGCGGUACCGCGCAACGCCAGAAAGGAGUUCGAGGAGCGGCACAUCCCGGGAGCCGCCUACUUCAACCUGGACGAGUGCAGCGACCUCUCCUCGUCCUACGAGCACAUGAUGCCCUCGGCCGAGCACUUCGGCCGGUACGUGGGAUCUCUGGGCAUCGCCAGCCGCACGCACGUCGUGGUCUACGACGCCAGCGACUGGGGGAUGUUCAGCUCCCCGCGGGUGUGGUGGAUGUUCCGGGUUUUCGGCCACAGCCGGGUGUCGGUGCUGGACGGAGGACUGAAACACUGGUGCCGCCAGGGUCUGCCGGUCUCAGCCGAGCCACCGCAGUCGUCCCCCGCCCGCUUCGAGCCGCAGCCCCGCGACUGGGUCAAGAACUACGAGCAGAUCCUGCACAACAUUGACAGCAGGGAGUUCCAGUUAGUGGAUGCCAGGUCCUCGGGCAGGUUCCAAGGCAGCGAACCCGAACCUCGACCAGGUUACGAUUCCGGCCACAUCCCCGGCAGCAUCAAUAUCCCCUUCAACGAUCUCUUGGAACCGGAGACCCUAAAAAUCAAGAGUGAGAAAGAGCUGAAUAGCAUCUUCACAGAACACGACGUUGACCUGUCUAAACCACUGGUGGGGAUGUGCGGCACUGGGGUCACUGCCUGCCACAUUGCUCUCGCUGCCCACCUCUGCGGGAAAGAGGAUGUGAUGGUCUACGAUGGCGCCUGGGUGGAAUGGUUCACAAGAGCUGACCCGAGUUAUAUCAUCUCAGUGAAAAAUGAGAAGACUGAAUAGGCACCAUGAAACGUCAACCAUUUGGAUUGUACUUCUCCCCUUCGAUAUCUUUGAAAGAUUAGUGAGUCUCUUCAAUUGUUUUAAUUAUUGCUAGGGCACACUAUCUCUUAUUCAGUUGAGAGUUAGGACGAAGGAAUCUUUAAAACUAAGCUUGUAAUCUUACAUUAAGGGUUCUAUCUGCUCUUAACAGGGUAUGCCAAGUACUUGGGUAGUAUUCUUCAUGGUAGCAAUAGCAUCUUCCUCCGCACUUGUGGAUUUAUGAAGUUGGUUUAUAAACUUUUGGGUUGGUAGAGAAGAGCCAAGGUGAUCCCUCCCCAAGAUGUUGAGGGGGAAAUGUUAACACUAGAGGAAUAUAUAGCAAACAUCACACAACCCCAGCCUUAGUACUCAGAUCCCUGGAGGCAGACCUGACCCCUUAAUUUGUGAUUUGUGUGAGAUUGUUCGCAGUCAAGUCAGCUGCACAGUAAUAUCAGGUCAUACAGUGAAUUACCGGUACUUCAAGAGCACAGCCAUGCUUUCUGAAUGAGAUUCAAGUCUUUCAAUUUAGGAUGCCAGAAGAUCUAAUGCAAGUCUGAAUAUGAAUAUGAAUCUUCCAAAUGACAUUGCCAAAAGGCAAACGUUUCUGAGCUGCUUUCAAAGACCAGGCUAGGAAUUGAAUUUACCCAGCACUCUAGCUUAGAUCCUGGCUCCAUCCUGUCACUAACUUAAGCCUUUCCAAGCAAUGCUAGAACACAUCCCUUCAGCAAAGUAGAAAUAUUGGAUGUGGGAAGGAAGUAAUUAAAUUAACAGAUAGAAAGGACAUUGUAAAGAUGCAAUAAUACGUGGGAUGAAUUAGCAGAAGGUAAAACCCCCUAUCGUUCCCAAUUAAUCAAAUUAAGAAUUAAAAUAGCCUCCAAACUAAUUUUACAUUGAGUGCUGCCAAGCAUAUUCAACAAUAUUGUCCAACGUAUAGGGCAAUAUACUAACCUAGAAUCAAUCUCAGACAGAAAAUAGGUGUAGGAGGAGGCCAUUUGGCCUCUCGAGCCUUCACCGCUUUGAAUGUAUAAAAGAUUAAAACUGUAGAAUUGACAGAACAGCUUGUGCCUUGGUUUGUUUAGACUCUACUUAUUGAAAUAAAAGUAAGACAGGAAACAUA